AGUGACUUCAGAGUCAAAACAAAACUCUUCUGGAAAGUCCUCCUGAUAUGAAGCUAAAAGCAAGCUAACCCGCUAAAGCGCGUUAGCUACGAGUAACGUUAGCAAAGUUGUUUCCAAGUGGUAUUUUGAUAUAACUUUAUUAGUGUAUUUUGGUGGAUACAUUUUAUCAUGGAGAUCUCUCCAAAGUUCCGAUCUUUCUACAACUUCUUUUGGUGCGUGUUUGUGGCAUAGCUGAAAAGCUAACGUUUUUCUAGGCAUAGCAGUUAGCUUAACGUUGGACCAGCAAAAAAAGUGCUGCCCCCUCGGAGUCUUUCCAGACGUUUGUGACACAACGUUAACUCGCUGUGGCAGCCUGAAGAUGUCCAUCCUUGGAUUAAAGAAGAAACAGCCAAAGACUUUCAAAGUCAAAGUUAUCACCAUGGAUGCUGAGAUGGAGUUCAGCUGUGAGGUGAAGUGGAAAGGGAAGGACCUGUUCGACCUGGUGUGUCGCACUGUUGGUCUGCGUGAGACUUGGUUCUUUGGACUCCGGUACACCGUAAAGGACACUUACGCCUGGCUGAAACAAGAGAAACGGGUCUUGGACCAGGAGGUUCCCAAGGACUCUCCUAUAACAUUUCAUUUCCUGGCUAAAUUCUUCCCAGAAAAAGUAGAAGAGGAGCUGGUCCAAGAGAUAACGCAGCACCUCUUCUUCUUACAGGUAAAGAAACAGAUAUUAGAUGAGGAGAUAUUCUGUUCCCCUGAAGCAUCGGUUCUGUUGGCGUCAUAUGCAGUCCAGGCCAAGUAUGGAGACUAUGACCCAAACUUUCACAAGCCCGGCUUCCUGGCACAAGAUGAGCUUUUGCCAAAAAGAGUUUUGAUGCAAUACCAAAUGACGGCAGACAUGUGGGAGGAGAAGAUAACCGCUUGGUAUGCAGAACACAGAGGCAUCGCCAGAGAUGAGGCUGAGAUGGAAUACUUAAAAAUUGCUCAGGACCUUGAGAUGUACGGCGUCAGCUACUUUGCGAUUACACAAAAUAAGAGGGACACAGACCUGCUCCUUGGAGUGGACGCUCAAGGUCUCCACAUCUACAACCCCAACAGCAAACUCAACCCCAACAAAUCCUUUCCUUGGAGCGGCAUUCGCAACAUCUCUUACAGCGAAAAGGAGUUCACAAUCAAACCGCUGGAUAAGAAGAAAGAGGUUUUCAAGUUCUACUCCUCUCAACUGCGUGUCAACAAGCUGAUCCUGCAGUUGUGCAUCGGUAACCACGAUCUAUUCAUGAGAAGAAGGAAGGUCGAUUCCAUUGAAGUGCAACAGAUGAAGGCUCAAGCAAAAGAGGAGAAGGCCCGCAAGAAGAUGGAGCGUCAAAUCCUGGCGAGGGAAAAACAGAUGAGAGAGGAAGCAGAACGGGCAAAAGAGGACAUGGAACGAAGACUCUUCCAGCUGCAGGACGAGGCUCGACUGGCCAACGAUGCUCUGUUGCGAUCUGAGGAGACCGCAGACCUGCUGGCAGAGAAGGCUCAGAUUGCUGAAGAAGAGGCCAAGCUGUUGGCUCACAAGGCUGCGGAAGCUGAGCAGGACAGGCAGAGGUUAGAGGUCACCGCCAUGAAGACCAAGGAGGAGAAAAGGCUGAUGGAGCAGAAGAUGAGGGAAGCGGAGCAGCUGGCUGUUAAACUGGUGGAGCAGUCUGAGAGAAGGUUGAAGGAGGCGGAUCACCUGAAACAGGACCUGACUGAGGCAAAGGACGCCGAGCGGAGAGCCAAACAGAAGCUGCUGGAGAUCACAAAAACAACAUACCCUCUCAUAGCAGCCUACUCUGCUCCCCCUGCACCUCCUGCCCCUCCCGAAGCAGCCGACACGGCCUACGAUUCAGCACCGUCGCGCCUCGACUUCAAGGACUCCGACAUGAAAAGGCUGUCGAUGGAGAUCGAGAGAGAGCGGCUGGAGUACAUGGAGAAGAGUAAACACCUGCAGGACCAGCUGAAGGAGCUGAAGACCGAGAUCGAGUCUCUGAAGCUGGAGGAGCAGCAGCAGCAGCAGGGUGGCGUGUACAGCCUCCGCAACGAGGCCAGGGGAUACGUGCAGGAGCCCGCCUACGCACCUCACAGCAACCGAAACUCUGCGUACAUGUCUCAGAUGGGCUACUUCGAAGAGGUGUGAUCGUAGGCCUGCGACACGAGGAAGGAGGGCGCCGGCAGUUGUGAUUCAGUGCUUUCUACACACGUUUGGUUGUUGUUUCCACAAGGCUGAAACUAAUAGGACACAUACACAACAACUGUGUGCUAUUGAACUACUUUAAAUGUAUCCUCAACAACAAAAAGCCACUACUCUGGUUUCCAGCACAGGUCGUACCACCUGCUGCACCACAGCACCUUCCAUGUUACUUUAUAUAGAACAAAUACAUCAACGUUUGUAUCCAACACUGAUUGAGGACAAUGGUGCUGAAGACGGCUGUAUUCUUGAGUUGCUGGUGUAUUCUUGUGGUUUUAAGGGAUCCUUAGGUGUGAGAUACCAGAUAAAAUAUCAUAACGCAAUCACAAGUUGAACGUUAAUGCUUAUACAUCUACAAGCUUGAGCGUAAGAAGUUUUUAUAUCGGCUUGAACUUUAUUUUUUACUAUUAUGAUAUGAGUUACUACGGUUCUAUUUGCUCUUAAUGUAUUAAUGUGUGUUAGCGUUACUCUUAAGUACACAUUCAUUGCCUUCCUGCUCCCCCCCUACGGUCAGUAUGGGAGACAAUCACGGCAGAUUGUCUCCCAUACUAAUGGUCUUUCCCUGAACUCUUAUGGUCUCCAUCGACGCUUGCCUUGUUGAACGUGCUGCUUUUGUUCAACUUGGUUAAGCAUAUUACCAAUUCACAUGGUAAAGACUGACAGCUGUGUGUGCAUUGUAUUUCACAAAUAUAGACCUGCAUAAACUUUACUAAAGUUUAUUCUGCUACACUCAUUGCAUCCUCUAAAAGCGAGAGACUGGAUGCAAAACGCACAGCCAGACACACUACAUGUUGUGUAUUCGGAUCGGCCAGUUUGAUAGACUAAACAGUGACAAUUUGUUUAUUUUGGCUUAUUAGUUUUUAAAUGAGGCCAACAUUGGUCUAUUAAAUGGUAUUGUGUCAAAUGUCCAAGUGGAAGUGUCCCUUAAUUCAAACUAUUGCAUAAGUGCUUCUUUCUUUAUUUGUCCUAUAAAUCCUUAAAUAACAUCGCCAUGUUUUUCUUGUCAUUCAGGGGAGUUUAUUGAGCUAUUUUUCUAGUAUUGGAUUCUCUUGUCAAAUUCAAGUCUACCAUUUUUUUUUACACCUAAAACAGUAUUGUACCCAUGGGGACAUCUUAUUAUUCUCAAACUUGUGCAUGUAAGUUGAUUGCAACAGUGAUCUUACAGCAAUUUUUCUACUUUCCUGAUGUCUCUGCUGACAUUGUGAUCUCAUAAAAUUUCUUUGAUAUCAUUCUUGCAUAAUAUUUCAGUAAAUUCAGUGAUCUUUAUUAUGGAAUAAAGGCUUUCUAAUGUUUUUUUUAAAUAAUGGAAUCUACUGUGUUACAGUUACAUCAAACAGCAAAACAUCUGUAACUGUGGGUUUUUAUCUCAAGGAGACCUUCCAUCUGGUCGACCUCACACUUGGGUGGAUGGCGGAUUGCACAGCACCCCAUUGAAGGUUUUCUUUAUUAUUUUUGAUGCGUGACACAUUUAAUAAGCCUUGAGCCUCCUCAGUCCAGCAUGUCACAAUUCACUUUUUGCUACACUAAUUUACAGGACUUGUGAUCUCGUCACUGGCAAAAUAACUCCACUAAGUCUUCCAAAUGUUAUUUAAUUUCCUGCCACACAGAACGAUCAUGGGAUCGCCGGGCUUGUUUCAAACACCAUGCAAGCAGUGGAUCUCUUUUUAGCAUUAAAACAAACUUCAUAAAGUGACAUGAACCGCUUUGAUUAACAGUACUCAACUGUCAAAACUGCUCUAUAAAAGUCCUGCAUUCUAGUUUUCACUUCAAGUUAAAAAAAGGUUGUCAGCACAAUAGACAGAAAUUCACUCAAAGUCUUAAAUAUGGAGUUUCCCAUUCUAAUGUGAUGCUGUAUUUUUAAGUGAACAUUAAAAUAUUUUAAUGGUUA